CUGGUUGGCGUUGCCCGUGACAACUACAUUACGGCGCUAUUGCUAUCAGAGGGUUGUCUUUGAGAGCCUCGCGGGAUUCGCGGAACACUCUUCUAAGGUGCUGUCCGCCCUACAGAGAAAACCCUUAAGCUGAACAUGGCUUGUGCCACGCUUAUGAGUCGCGAAAUUCCUCCAGAGCGGCCUCCGGUGGCCUCGCUCGAGACGAAUCCGCAAAUGGAAAUAACAUACACAGGAAACACUGGUAACGACAUGGGGAUUUCCACUAUGGGCUUUCGCUCCGCGAAGUACAACCCAAGUGAGUGGCACGAAGGCAACUACUCCAAGUAUUACCAGUCGUUCGUGGACCGAGACAACGCGGAGCGCGUCCGCCACGAAUCCAAACGCACACGCAAUGAGACGGAGGCAACGACCAACAACACGCAGGCUGACGUUACCAAGAAGCUGGCCGAGCGCUGCAAGGACAUCCAGUUUUGGAAGAACGAGCUGGAGCGAGAAAUCAGGGAUGUCAUCGAUGAGACAGCCCUGUUGUUGGACCUGAAGAAGCGGUUGGAAAACGCCUUACGCACUACCGAGAUCCCACUGCACAUUGCCACUGACAACCUUAACUGCCGGCAGCGUCGUCAGGGUUUGGAUUUGGUGCAGGACGACGUUGAAAUCUCACUGCUAAAGGAGGUUGAAAUUAUCAACAAUGUACAAGAUCUUCUUCGGAAUUGCAUUGCCCAAGCAGAGAAGCAAAUUCGCCUAAACCGGGAUGCUAAACAGAUUUUGGAGAUGGACUGGAGUGAUAAAAAAGAAGCUUUGGAAAUUGACACAGCUAGUGGCACCUUGCGUAACCACCACACUAACAAGCAAUUUCAUGAUGGAGCGGCCAAGUUUGAAGAAAUCCAAAGCACACCAGAAACAUGGGCACAGUAUACACAUGACAACAUUGCUCGGGCAGAGCAUGAGCGCAUGGCCUCAAUCCAGCUGCGCACUCUAAUUGAAAAUGUCUUCGAGGACACAUCUCGUGAUAUGCGUGAACAGUGUGACACAGUCAAUGUCAACUUCCAGAAGCGACUAGUCGAAAUGGAGGAUGCCAAAAACAAGCUAGAAGAGAACCUGAAGAAAGUUUGCGGAGAGAUAGCCCAACAAGAAAAGAACAUUGAUGACCUCAAAGCAGCCAUACGUGCCAAGGAGGACCCCAUGAAGGUUGCACAGACACGACUCUAUAAUCGGACAUACAGGCCCAAUGUAGAUUUGUGCCGAGAUCCUGCACAAUAUGCGUUGGUGGCAGAAGUCAAUGAGAUCUGCCAGUCAAUUGAUGCACUGAAGAAUAGGCUCAACUUGGCAGAGAAUUCACUAAAAGACCUGCAAGACAAUCGUAUGUCAUUGGAGAAGGAGAUAUCUAUCAAGAAAAAUAGCAUUUUUAUUGACAGAGACAAGUGUGUGGCUCUUCGAAUGCGGUAUCCAUCCUCUAUCAAACUUCAAGGCUAUCAGUGAUGACUUUCUUGUGGCUUAAACUGUCUUUGCUAAUAGAUUUUUGCAAGUCCAACUGGUCACUUUGUUAUAUUCAUGCAAAAAAGCAUAUUUUUACUAUAUAAUACUCUCUUUCGAGAUGGACAAAGAUAAAGAGUACCUUUACAAAUAAAAUCGUAAAAGGAA